UAAUGCAUUACAAAGUUAUGAACAUAAGUUGAUGCAUAUUCAGAAUGGAGUAAGACGGAAUCAUCUGACGAUGUGGAGAAACAAGAGCUUGAAGAUGCUUCAGAAGACGAAGAAACAUAUUUUUUUGACACAAAAGAUCACUUCCCCGGUGUCAUAACCCAAUCUGAUGUUAUGGACGAAACACACGACGAGAAAUUACAAUUCGAAAGAAGAAAAAAGCUUCCGGAUCCCAUUGAAAAAGAAAAAGGGGGUCAGUUUAUGGUCAAUGAUCAAAGAUAACAUCGGGAAGGAUCUAACAAGAGUUUGCCUACCCGUUUAUUUCAACGAGCCAAUUUCAUCUUUCCAAAAAUGUUUCGAAGAUCUCGAGUAUUCCUAUCUGUUAGAUCGUGCAUAUCAGCAUGGAAAAGAGGUACUUGAUGCGUUGAUUGGUCUUUGUUGCCGAACAAGCAUAUCAGCAGAUGCUUUAUGGGAUGGAUGGAGGUUGGCUUUUAAGGCAAUUGCUUCCGUAUUGUGAGACUGAGUUUAACACUCACCAUAUUCAAUCCCUCAAGGCAACUCCAAUAAUUUUUUUGUCAUGAAUUAUAUUUAUAAUAUUCGUUAAAAUUGUAGUUUGGUUUGAUAUAGAUCGAGACCGAAGAGAAUUGGACUUGAAUCUGAGAUCCUGCAUGGCUUAUUUGCUUAAUUAUGUUUAUACGUACAAGUGUUUUGUCCCAAGUGACAUUAAAUUCUUCCUUACAGGAUUCCUUUACUAAGCGCUGCAACCAACUUGUUGAAGAACAAAUUUUUUAUGAGGUGAUCUUGUUUUAUUGGUGGUUUAUAAGUUUUCUUCGUCGUGUCUUCUACUGACUUCUGUCAUC